AUGGCGGCUCUGGCCUACAACCUGGGCAAGCGGGAGAUCAACCACUACUUCAGUGUGAGGAGCGCCAAGACGCUGGCGCUGGGGGCCGUGGUGCUGCUCGCCGCAUGUCACCUCGCCUCUCGCCGCUACCGAGGCAAUGAUUCAUGUGAAUACCUUCUCUCAAGUGGCAGAUUUCUUGGAGAAAAAGUUUGGCAACCUCACAGUUGCAUGAUGCAUAAAUACAAAAUCAGUGAAGCAAAGAACUGCCUUGUAGAUAAACAUGUUGCCUUUAUUGGAGAUUCCAGAAUUCGUCAAUUGUUUUAUUCUUUUGUAAAAAUAAUUAAUCCCCAGUUCAAAGAAGAGGGAAAUAAGCAUGAAAACAUUCCUUUUGAAGACAAGAUUGCAUCAGUCAAAGUGGAUUUUCUGUGGCACCCAGAAGUUAAUGGUUCUAUGAAACAGUGUAUCAAAAUGUGGACUGAGGAUUCUGCCACAAAGCCCCAUGUGAUUGUAGCAGGAGCUGCCACAUGGUCCAUCAAGAUUCACAAUGGUAGCAAUGAAGCACUUUCUCAGUAUAAAAUGAAUAUUACUUCCAUAGCACCACUUCUAGAAAAAUUGGCAAAGACUAGUGAUGUUUAUUGGGUCUUACAAGAUCCUGUUUAUGAAGAUCUAUUAAGUGAAAAUAGGAAAAUGAUCACUAAUGAGAAGAUAGAUGCUUACAAUGAAGCUGCAGUCAGUAUUUUGAAUAGUAGCACCAGAAAUUCUAAGUCAAAUGUUAAGAUGUUCAGUGUUUCCAAAUUAAUUGCUCAAGAAACCAUCAUGGAAUCUUUGGAUGGCUUACAUCUUCCUGAAUCAAGCAGAGAAACUAGUGCAAUGAUUCUUAUGAACGUGUAUUGCAAUAAGAUUUUGAAGCCCAUAGAUGGUUCCUGUUGUCAACCUCGGCCUCCUCUUACUCUCAUACAGAAGCUAGCUGCUUGUUUUUUCACUUUCUCUAUUAUUGGAUAUAUAAUUUUUUAUAUAAUUCAUCGUAAUCCUCAUCGGAAGAAUAAGCCAUGUAGUGAUUUGGAAAGUGGAGAGGAAAAGAAAAAUAUUAUCAAUAUCUCCUUGUCUCCAUUAGAAAUACUUUUACAGUCUUUCUGCAAACUUGGCCUGAUUAUGGCGUAUUUCUAUAUGUGUGACCGUGCAAAUCUGUUUAUGAAGGAAAACAAAUUUUAUACACAUUCAUCUUUCUUUAUUCCAAUUAUCUACAUCUUGGUUUUGGGAGUAUUUUACAAUGAAAAUACUAAAGAGACUAAAGUGUUAAAUAGAGAACAAACAGAUGAAUGGAAAGGUUGGAUGCAACUUGUGAUUUUAAUUUAUCACAUCUCUGGAGCAAGUACAUUUUUGCCUGUGUACAUGCACGUUAGAGUUCUGGUUGCUGCAUAUCUGUUUCAGACAGGGUAUGGACAUUUCUCAUACUUUUGGAUCAAGGGAGACUUUGGAAUUCAUAGAGUAUGUCAGGUCUUAUUUCGUCUCAAUUUCCUAGUAGUGGUGUUAUGUAUAGUAAUGGAUCGGCCUUAUCAGUUCUAUUACUUUGUCCCCUUGGUCACUGUAUGGUUUAUGGUCAUAUAUGUUACUUUAGCAUUGUGGCCACAGAUAAUCCAAAAAAAAGCAAACGGAAAUUGUUUCUGGCAUUUGGGCUUACUAUUGAAACUAGCCUUUUUGCUGUUAUGCAUAUGUUUUUUGGCAUAUUCUCAGGGUGCAUUUGAGAAGAUCUUUUCUCUUUGGCCAUUGUCCAAGUGUUUUGAACUGAAAGGGAAUGUAUAUGAAUGGUGGUUCAGAUGGAGGUUAGACCGUUAUGUAGUCUUCCAUGGCAUGCUGUUUGCUUUCAUUUAUCUGACUUUACAGAAACGCCAAGUACUUUCUGAAGGAAAGGGUGAACCUCUUUUUUCAAACAAAAUUUCAAACUUUCUGUUGUUUAUUUCAGUAGUUUCUUUCUUGACCUAUUCCAUCUGGGCUAGCAGUUGUAAGAACAAAGCAGAGUGCAAUGAAUUGCACCCUUCUGUUUCUGUGGUACAGAUUUUAGCCUUCAUCCUAAUAAGAAACAUCCCUGGAUAUGCACGUUCAGUUUACAGUUCAUUUUUUGCUUGGUUUGGAAGAAUUUCAUUAGAGCUAUUUAUUUGCCAAUAUCACAUAUGGCUGGCAGCAGACACAAGGGGUAUCUUGGUGCUCAUACCUGGAAACCCAAUGCUCAACAUCAUUGUCAGCACUUUCAUCUUUGUCUGUGUGGCACAUGAAAUUUCUCAGAUCACUAAUGAUCUUGCACAGAUUUUUAUCCCUAAAGAUAACUCAUCUCUCUUGAAAAGGUUGGCAUGCAUAGCUGUAUUUUUUUGUGGACUACUCAUCUUAUCAUCCAUUCAAGAUAAAUCAAGACAUUAGGUUACUACAAUCCUACCAAAAAAACUUAAACUUUUCAGGCUUACUUUGUGUUUGCCUGGAGGAAAAAAAAAAGCAUCUAUCUGGAGAUAUAAAUGUUUGUAUAAAUAUAAAUGUGUGGCAAGAGAACAGUUUAGUGAUGUCUGUCGAACAUGUUUUGUUGUAUAUAUUGGAAAUGUACAUAUCCAUUGUGAAAUACUUUUAAAAAAAAGAUGAACCAGAGUGCAUCAUAUAGGAUUGCAUGUGAAAAGUCUUUUCUACUGGAUCUAUAUUAUCAUUUAUAAAUGAUUUUAAGUUAACAUAUGAAGGCAGGGAAAUGAUUACUUUUCCAGUAAAGAGUAUAGAUAAUAAUUUAGUCAGCUUAGUGACAGCACUGAGUGUUUUGAUAUUUGCUAAAUUUGUGGUAAUAAGACUGUCUGCACCUAUAUUCAUUGUGGAACUUCCUACUUCACUGAAAACUUUUUUACUCAAGAAUGAUAUACAGUAUUUCUUAUCAUAUGUGCAAUGAUGUGGAAUGAUAAACAACAUGCCUUUAAUUUAUAUGUAUUCAUAUUCAGACGUUAUGUUUCCUGACAUGAUUUUUGUCCUAACUGUUGUUUUUCAGGAAUAUAAGCCUAAAUCUUUGUUCACUUUUUCUCUUGCAGAGUUGUUUUAAGGCUCCAUGACAGGGUUUUGUCAUAGUUUAUGUUAUUGUUUCUUUUUAUAAAAAGGCCAAAUUUUCUUUCCAAUCCAAACAUUCUUCUGUUGUUUUCCAUAAGGUGUACCAGUAUGAUGCUGGUCACCCUGUGGAUCCAUGUAAAAUGCCCCCCUAAUUAAUUUUUGUAUAUUAUUUCCAAUGUUUGGAAAGCUCUUUAUAGCUAUUUUGGUAUUAUCCCCUCCUAUUUUUAAAAAGUAUUUAUCAGUCUAAACAUGUGCAGUGUAGUUAAGAGUCAAGUUGUUAUGAUUGAAAUGUAGAGUUUUAAGUAAACUGGUGACUUUGGUCAGUACGUGUUUUUUUUUUAUAAGCUAACUGUUAGAGCAUACAUUUAUUUAUCUGUUGUACAGAUUUGAUUAUGAUUUUUAAUGUUUGAAAGAUUGCACUUAUUUGCUUCUGUGUGUGGGGUAAACUAUAUAUUCUGUUCACAGUAUGUAAAAAUAUGGAAUAAUUUAAACAGUAAAUAAACAUUCUGUGGAUGCUUA